AGUAAUAAUUUCCUGAGUCAUUCCCCCGUGUUUCAAAUCCACCAAAGUGUGCACUUGUAUGCAUUCUGUUUUUCAGAAUACAUUUUGGUGCUUGUUUAAGUAUAUAUAAGAAUGGAGGGGUCUGUAUCAAACGUUGACGUGUGUAAUUUAGCAUAUUUGGGUCAGUUUGAGAAACUAAAAGAGUGCAUUUUAUCAGAUAAAACCCUUGCCUGCAAAACGGACCAGGAUCACAGAACUGCCCUUCACUGGGCUUGCUCGGCUGGCCAUACCAACAUUGUUUCUUUUCUACUUGACCUGGGAGUUGAAGUGAACCUGCAAGAUGAUGCUGCAUGGACCCCUCUUCACAUUGCAUCGUCUGCAGGUAGAGAAGACAUUGUCAGAGCACUAAUAUCUAAAGGGGCUCAGCUCAACUCUGUAAAUCAAAAUGGAUGCACUCCUCUACAUUAUGCUGCCUCCAAGGACAAAUAUGAGAUUGCACUGCUAUUGCUUGAAAAUGGAGCAGACCCAAAUGCCACAGACAAACUUGAUUCCACUCCACUGCAUAGAGCGUCCGCCAAGGGCAACUAUCGCCUGAUCCAGCUGCUUCUCAAACAGAGUGCCUCGACCAACAUCCAAGACUCGCAGGGCAACACAGCACUCCACCUGGCGUGUGACGAGGAGCGUGUUGAAGCAGCAAAGUUGUUGGUUGAACAUGGAGCCAGCAUUUACAUUGAAAACAAGGAGGAGAAAACCCCUCUGCAGAUGGCCAAGGGGAGCCUGGGCAAUGUACUUCGUCGAAUUGUGGAAGGAUGAUGCAUUUCCACCCUAAGGUGCUUGUUCAGCUGUUCAGCUUGUUCACCAUUUUGACCUGGUCACUAAACUGGAGAUAAGUGGAAACGCAUCAGCAGCACAUAUCUGACCAAAAACACUGAAAUGCACUGCCCAAAACUGCAGCCCACCUUCUGUGAAGUUUGAAUUGUUGCAACUUGCUUAAUAAAAUCAGUGUUAAGCUUG